GACCUGAUUUCCCUCAAACAAAACCUUAUCUAAUUAACUCUCUUUCAAACACACAUUCAAUUUUCUACUACAAAAUAUUAUUUGUUAUCUUCUUCUGGCUACCUUUAGCUUUUCUAGCUAUGGCAUCAAUAAUCCAAUGCCAUUACUGCUCUUCUCUUGCUACCAAUUCCAAUUUCUUAACCAAACCCACUGACCAAUUUGGCUUUAGAAACACUUCACACAACAAUGCUGCUGUUUUGCCGGGUGGGCGGAUGGUACCCAGAAAAUUCUCUAUCAAAAAUUCUCAUCAUUCUCAACAGAAAGCGAAGUCAUUUUCGAUAAAGGAAUGUGCGAUUUCGCUUGCAUUGGCGGUUGGGUUAAUUACAGGAGUUCCUUCAUUGGAUUUGUGUAGCUAUAAUGCAUAUGCAGCUACUCCUGCAUUGCCUGAUCUUGCAGUUUUAAUAUCCGGACCACCCAUUAAGGACCCGGGAGCUUUGUUAAGAUAUGCUCUUCCUAUUGACAAUAAAGCUAUAAGGGAAGUUCAAAAACCACUUGAAGAUAUCACAGAAAGUCUCAAAGUUUCUGGAGUAAAGGCACUCGAUUCUGUCGAGAGAAAUCUGAAGCAGGCGUCUAGGUCCCUUAAGCAAGGGAAGAGUUUAGUUAUCGCAGGAUUAGCUGAAUCAAAGAAAGAGCAUGGAGUAGAAUUGCUUGACAAGCUAGAAGUUGGAAUGGAUGAGCUUCAACAGAUUGUUGAAGAUAGGAACAGAGAUGCCGUGGCACCUAAACAAAAGGAGCUGCUCAAUUAUGUUGGCGGUGUUGAAGAGGAUAUGGUGGACGGCUUCCCUUACGACGUUCCUGAAGAAUAUCAAAAUAUGCCUCUUUUGAAGGGGAGAGCAGCUGUGGAUAUGAAGGUCAAGGUUAAAGACAAUCCCAACGUAGAUGAGUACGUGUUCCACAUUGUCCUAGACGGUUAUAAUGCUCCAGUAACAGCUGGGAAUUUUGUGGACUUGGUCGAGAGGCACUUCUAUGAUGGCAUGGAAAUCCAGAGAGCCGAUGGCUUUGUUGUCCAAACGGGAGAUCCUGAAGGUCCUGCAGAGGGUUUUAUUGAUCCUAGUACAGAGAAAACUCGAACAAUACCGUUAGAAAUCAUGGCAGAAGGGGAGAAGGCGCCUUUUUAUGGGGAAACUCUGGAAGAGCUUGGUUUGUACAAGGCUCAGACUAGGCUUCCAUUCAAUGCAUUUGGAACAAUGGCAAUGGCUAGAGAUGAGUUUGAGAACAACUCAGCUUCAAGUCAGGUAUUUUGGCUACUAAAAGAAAGUGAGCUUACUCCCAGCAAUGCGAAUAUAUUGGAUGGUCGAUAUGCAGUGUUUGGUUAUAUAACAGAAAAUGAGAUUUAUUUGGCUGAUCUUAAGGUGGGUGAUGUCAUAGAGUCGGCGCAAGUCGUUUCUGGGUUAGAAAAUUUAGUGAACCCGAGUUACAAGAUUGCUGGGUAGGCGAUGCAUUUUCGGUCAUUAAAUCAUGAAAAUGAGUUUUUCGACCUCUACCAGCAAUAGACAUGAUGGGGUUAAAAUAUGUCGUGUUGAUUUCAACUUCAUCAUUUAGUCAACUAUUGGGGAAGAAUAUUCAUGAUUUUACGUUGGAUUUAUGUUCAUUUCGCUCUAUUUUUUUUGUAUAAAUCAUAAAUGUGAACUGAGAAUGUACUUGAUUACUCCUGCAUCGAUUCAUUUAUGUUUGAUAAGGUUCUUAUUUUGUCA